AUGGCUGAUCUCUACAAUCUACUUGGCGAACUUGACCACCGUGAAGAUGAAGAACAAGACUUCUUCAAAGGACGACCUUCAGCUGCCGGGACCGAGGCUACCGCUGAACAGAGCGAAUGGGGGUCUCCAAGUCGGUCACCGAAUGAAGCAGAGGUGCCGCUGGUUCUGCAACAAGCUCAUCGAGACAAAGACAUUGGCGCUGAAGAAGAUUUUGGACAAGACCUUUUGCAUGGCGAAGAGGACAUGCUGGUUGAAAAUGAUCUGUACACAAAGUUACACCGGCAUUGGUUUCAAGAACGUCAUUGUCCAGAACUCUUAGAAUUCGAUGAAGAUAUGGCCCAAGACAUCAAGACGCAUCUCGAAGACCGCCGAGACUGGGUAGAGCAACAAGAGGGAGUCACUGAUGCUGUUGAAGAUUUGAUGGUUACCUUGACUCAAAUGGAUACCGACAGGGUUAAAUUCGUAUUUUCUGAUUGGUUGACUCGUCGCCUUGCUAAAAUUGAGGCUCAUCCGUUGUACAUGAGGGAACAAAUUGAUCACAUGAGCGACGGCGAGCUAAGAUAUCUUAAGAGCUACGGAGAACUUUACGAAAGUCAUUUGCGCAACACUGUUUUGGACCAUGUUCCAGAGGCAUGGCAAAGACUUGACGAAGAAAAUAUGAUCGACAAACCUGACUAUGAUUCCUACCAUUUCUGGCUUGCAAAGGAAGCGAUUGACAAACAUGGCACGCACCAUGAAAAGGGAACAUGCCUAGUUGCCAAAUAUAAGGAUAUGCGCGAAAUGAUGAUAGAGGGAAAGGUCGAUUUGCAGAUGUAA